AUGGACAUAUGCCGCCUUCUCAACGCACUAAGUCCCUCGCCAGGCCGGACCACUACGGCCACCGCUGCUGCUGACGCCAAUGACCCAACAGACGAUGACUACACUGGGGCUACGAUCCCACCACUACCACCAUCGCCACUCUUUGACACGUACGAUGACCUGUUUCCUCCAGCUCCUCAAGGCGAGAUAUCGGGGGCAUCAUCCAGCCAAGCUACAUCGUCUUUAAGUGCGACCGCGGCCCACGACGGAUGUCACAAAGCUCGGGACUCAGGAAGCCGUCAUCACAGAAGCUUGAUUGUCCCGUCAAAAUCACGGCCAAGGCCACCAAAUCGUCUACCAAAGAAGUGGACGUAUACGGUAGUUCAUGGCCAGCAUAACCACGGGCAGUCCCUUGAUCCAUCGGCGCACAUUGUCUAUCGCCGCCGCACGGUUGCUCAGCAACAAAAGGAGCGAGAGCUAGCCAACGAGAAUGGCAUUAGGGCCCGCGAGAUGGUUAGCAUUGUUAGAAAAGCCGACAGCCCAGGCUAUCACUAUUUUCGCACACGAGAUAUCUACAAUGAUCGUCAAGCCAUCAAACGCGAGCGACUUAACGGCCUUACAGCUACCCAAGCCUUCGUCAAGGAGCUUGAGAGCGGGGGUAUUAGAGUCAGAACCUUGCGCGACGAAGAUGACCGCGUCUGUGCCGUCUUUUGGACUUACGACUGGUGCCGCACAAUGUGGAAGAAGUUUCCGGAGGUGCUCGGUUUAGACAACACGUACAAGACCAACCGCUUUAGGUUACAUCUAUUUCAAGCCACCGGUGUAACGGAUCAGAAGUCCCUGGCUAACUUCGCAUUCGGCCUUAUAAACGGCGAAAAGGAGCACCACUUCCAGUGGUUAUGUGACCGACUUGACGAGCUUCGCAUCGACAUUGGGGCUGACACGCCAGAGGUUAUAAUCACCGACAAGGAACAGGCUCUCCGCACAGCCCUCAUGAGCACCUUUCCAGGUGCCCAACAGCAGCUAUGCGUAUAUCACAUCUUGGCGAACGUCCGAGCUAAAAUUAACGCUCGCUGGAAGGGCACCGAGGGCGACGAUGAUGACGAUAUUAGUGUUAAGUCUGAUAAUAACGUAAACGCCCUUUCCGUUGACCUAAACGACAAGAAUACCGACCAGCUCCAGCCAGAGCUAGAUCUUGAUGUCACCGCUAGGGGCAGUGUGCAAGACGAGGCAGAGGAGGGGCUUGCGAACCCCUCUGAUGACUACAGCCGUGAGGGGAUGUUCAAAGCCUUCCGAGCUGUGGUCUAUGCCGUUGAUCACGAUACGUUCAAGAACUCGUGGAAGUCCUUUGUCGAAACCUUCGGCAGGCAGCAACGACAUAUCCUGCGAUAUAUCCAACAGGAAUAUAUGCCGUGGCGCAAGCAGUGGGUGAAAUGUUACAUCGACCGCUAUCGAAACUUUGGUCCAAGGGUCAAUAGCCCUACGGAGACCGCACAUGCAGACGUCAAGUCUCACCUUGUGACUGGCACGGGAGACCUCCUUUACCUCCACCAGGCUCUUGUCACGAUGAUUGAUAACAAGUCCCGGUCCUAUCAUCAAGAGGCUGCGAGACAGAUUCAGCGUCAGCGUGAUAAGUACCUCAAGCAGGCAUGGCUUGGCAAGCUUAACCUCCAGAUCACAUAUCAGGCCAUUGACCUUAUUGCCAAGCAGUAUCGCUUUGCCCUCGCCGCCCUGCCUGAUCAGCGCGAGCCCAAACCGCUACGCCCUUGCACGGGCAACUUUGAGCACCAAUACGGCCUGCCAUGCAGCCAUGGCAUUUUUGAUUGCCUUAUGAACGGCACGCCUCUGAGACGGAGCCAGAUUGCUAUGCGUUGGUGGCUCGAGAAGCCGUUGGUACGUCAGCUUGCCUCUGUCAUAAGACUUCAGUAUUAA